GCUACGUGUCGGCCCGAGCGCACAAACGUCAUCGAUCCAAUCAGGGUCCUGGGCCGGGUUUUGAUCCCGGCCUCUUACUGUGCACUGCCAUUCGCACAUCCACUUUUAUAUCUUUCUCUGAGGCUGGAGCCUUCUUGCGCAUUCGCUUUCUCCUCCUUACCACGACCUUGGAGUCGAUUUUUUUAUGUCCGAUUCACUUCCUCAAGAAAUCGUCGACGCUAUUAUCGAUGAACUCAAGGACUACCAGCAUGACCUUAAGUCCUGCUCACUGACGUGUCGGUCCUUCGUUCCCCAAACCCGUGUCCAUCUAUUCACGACGAUUGAGCUUUCAAGCAACAAGCGAUGCCAACAGUUCGUAUCCAUGCGGUCCUCUUCCCCUCACGACCUCUCUGUCUAUAUCAAAGGUCUCAGGAUCAAUUUCCUCCGGAGCGACCUCACUUCUCAAAACCUUCUUGGUGUUCUAGCAUCCUUAACAGUGCACCACAUCACGCUUGAGCGUCUGAAAUGGGGAAACCUCACGCCGGACAUGCAACAGGCGCUUUGCAUGUCUUUUCCUCAUCUCCGAAGUAUCUCCCUCAUCCACGUUAUUUUUCCCAGUUACCAGACCGUCUGCGGAUUUAUGGGUGGUUUUCCAGAGCUCAAGGGCCUCUCGUUAUCAGAUGCUCGUGUACUCACGGCAGGCGAUCACAGCAUGGACUAUAACCGCCGCAGUAUACGACUCAUGGAACUAUCUAUCGUUAGAGCUACGAGUAUCUUUGGGAUCACUUCGGCUGUCAGCCCUAUAUCAUUUAAACACCUUCGCUCGCUCAAAUUCACAUGGAGCAUUCUAAACGAUCUCGGCACUCUCCAGUCUAUACUACUUGCUGCUCGACCGAACCUACAAGAGCUAGUCCUCAACCAAGCGCCCUCAUACGGAGAGAUAGGUCCUGUAACCGAAUUUCCUCGGGACCUGCGGAUCCAAGGUCUGCACCGCCUCCAGGUUGAAAUGUGGGACGGCAACAUGUGGGGAGGAACGCCGGAGUUUGAACACCUGGACGCGUGGAUCGAUAUAUUCAGGUGCUCCGCAGGGCAUGUGCCUCGAGAUGUUUCGUUCCAUCUCUGCCUUUCUAGUAAUGCCGUGGUCGAAAAUCCGGAACAGGGAUUAGGCGCGUGGUCCUCGCUAGACGAGGUUCUCUCCGCUGCAACGGAGUCAUUUGAGUCUUUGUCGGUUGUUAUAUAUGGGAUCCAAAUGGUGGAGGCGGCGCAAUUUAAAGCUGUAUUAGAGACUCAGUUGCCAAGAUUGAAGCACCGUGGAAUGUUGGAUGUCCGGUGUAAAAGCUUCUUGUCGAGAUGAUUCUAGUUCGUUUUCUGUUCUUCUGCUUUGGAUCGUGGCCUCACGUGCAGAAUGCCAGGGAAAGAGCUGUUUGGACGCUUGUAAAUUGACGAUACGCUCAGGACUGAUACGUUAUUCAUAUUCAUAUUCUUUUGUACGUUUGGACUAUUUUACGAUAUCAGCCCGUGACACGACAUGCGAAAUGUCUCGUGUCUUAAGCAACACGGACAAAAGCGCUCAGCUUAAAGAUUGACCCACAUUUCAGCCGUGGUAUAACCAGUCAGCCAAUAUCAACACCGAGUACACAGGUAAGCCUGUAACUUCCUUGACUGCGGUUGUGAAAGGUGGCUGAUGAACAUGCUAAGUGGCUUGAUUAGAAACGAACGGGAUGUCCUAACGUACCAUAUUGGUGCACCUGUUAUCCAGUUUGAUCAGUAUACAAUGUAUUAAAGCGGAGAAGACGAACUCAAAGCAUAUUGCACGUAUU